CACCUGGGACGGAAGUUUCCUCUUUAACUGUUUCUGAUAUUUUUGGUUUUCUCAAGAACUCAAUAAAGUAGCAAACUAUCCAUUGCAUUAAUGACCAGAAAUCAAGAAUAUCUCUGAUUUUAGUUCUCGGUUCCAUCAAGUGUUUUUGAGCUUAGAAAUGGGAGAAAAAUGUCAUCUUUUUGCUUAACUUAGUGCUUCACAAAAUCUUGAUAAGAAAGAAAAAAAAUUCAAGAUUUCCAGCAAUUUGAAAGUGGAAAGAAGUUAGUAGUGUCUUGGAUAGAACAGUCAUAUCUUUUUGGUUUGCCCCCGGUGUCUGGUUACCUAUAUUGGGGCCGAUCAACCCCAAUUCGCGUCACGUCACGUGAGGCUCAUUUUGAGGGUAAAGGACUCCUAACAAGAAUUUUUUCCAUACCUGCUCUUCGAACCUGAAACAUCUGGUUAAAGUUGGAAGGAUCCUAUUCAUCACACCAGGUUCCUUGUUGGUGAUAUAUACAUAACUCUUUUAUGAUUAGAAUUGAGUGUGUGAGGUGAUGGAGAAACAAGUUAGUUUCAAAGGUGCAAAAAUGGAAAAACAACAAAGUUUUCGAAACGGGGUGAUGGAAAAGCAGAAAAGUUUUAAGAUAGUAAUGGAGAGGCAAGUUAGUUUUAGUAUUGAGAAGAAAAGGGGUAAAGAAUCACCAGGGAAAAGAGGGGAUUCACCUCUUCACCUUGCAGCUAGAUCAGGCAACUUAGGAAAGGUGAAAGAACUUGUUGGGAAGUUUGAUGGUAAUAGCAAUCAAGGGAUUAAAGAUUUGCUGUCUUUGCAAAACCAGCAAGGUGAGACUGCAUUAUAUAUUGCUGCAGAGAAUGGGCAUACUUUGAUUGUUGCAGAGAUGUUGAAACAUUUGGACCUUAAAGUUGCUUCUCUUGUGGCAAAUAAUGGAUAUGAUGCAUUCCAAGUUGCAGCAAAGCAAGGUCAUCUUGAAGUACUGAAGGAACUAUUGCAUUUAUUUCCAAACCUGGUUAUGGCCACAGAUUCAUCAAAUUCUACAGCCUUACAUACAGCAGCUGCUCAGGGACACGUUGAUGUCGUAAAUCUUCUUCUAGAGAUUGAUUCGAACCUUGCUAAGAUAGCUCGGAACAAUGGGAAGACUGUGCUCCAUACAGCAUCAAGAAUGGGCCACUUGGAAAUAGUUAAAUCCCUUCUGAACAAAGAUCCUGAGAUUGGCUUUAGAACAGAUAGUAAAGGCCAAAGUGCCUUGCACAUGGCUGUAAAGGGACAAAAUGUUGACAUUGUGCUCGAAUUAAUCAAACCGAAUCCUGCUGUAUUGUCUUUGGAAGAUAACAAAGGAAACAGAGCUCUUCAUAUUGCAACAAAAAAGGGACGGCCACAGAUGGUACAAUGUCUGAUAUCACAAAUUGGAUCCAUCGAGUUGAAUGCCAUUAAUAAGGCUGGAGAAACAGCUCUUGAUAUUGCUGAAAAGUUUGGAAUGCCAGAGCUUGUUUCCAUUUUGAAGGUGGCGGGAGCUGCCCAUUCCAAAGAUCACGGGAAGCCCCCAAAUAAUACGAAGCAACUCAAGCAGACUGUCAGUGAUAUAAGACAUGAUGUUCAGUCCCAACUCCAACAGAGUCGUCAGACAGGCUUUAGAGUACGGAAAAUUGCAAAAAAGGUGAAGAAGCUACACAUUAGCGGUCUCAACAAUGCCAUUAACAAUGCCACGGUUGUUGCAGUCCUUAUUGCUACUGUAGCUUUUGCUGCCAUCUUUACUGUGCCUGGCCAGUAUGUUGAACAGAGAAAAAAUGGCUUUUCGCUUGGUGAAGCAAAUGUAGCCAAUAAAGCAGCUUUCAUUAUCUUCUUCUUGUUUGACAGUAUGGCCUUGUUUAUUUCCAUUGCUGUUGUUGUUGUCCAGACCUCUCUGGUUGUGAUUGAACCGAGAGCAAAGAAGCUACUCGUGUUCUGGAUAAACAGGCUCAUGUGGGCAGCUUGUCUCUUCAUCUCAGUGUCCUUUAUUUCGCUUGCUUAUGUGGUGGUUGGAUCAAAGGAAAGAUGGCUUGCUAUCUUUGCAACUGUGAUUGGUAGCACCAUAAUGAUCACUACAAUUGGCUCCAUGUGCUUCUGUGUGGUUCGACAUAGGCUAGAAGAGUCAAAGAUGAGGAAUAUAAGAAGAGCGGAGACAAAUUCACAUUCGUACGCAAUGUCUGUGGCAUCAGAUACAGAGCUUUACGGUGAAAGCUACAAGAGGAUGUAUGCAGUCUAGGAACAAAUAAAAGUCAGCUAACUUUUUGUCUAUGGAUGAAAAGGACCAAGCUAAUAUAUGCAGUUCUAAACCAUGAAGUUUGAUGAACUUAUAUCGAUGACACCAGGUUCCAAAGGUCGAGCAUACAAAACAUUUAUGCUAGUUAGGAACAAAUAAGGAGAAUAUUUCAAUAGUGCAUGCAAUAAUAUUGCAGUAAUAUGGCAAUUCUCUGAUAUGGUGUUCUUGCAACCACUGGAAUGUUGCAACUGAGGCAAGUCUUGGUAGAAGUUCAAGAUAGAGGCUCUAACAAAUCUCAGUUUUGUUUCCUUUAACAUUUAGUAGUUCAAUGGCAAGUUGUCAUGGAGUUUCCUGUCUAUAUGGUUAAAGCAGCUUGGCAACAAGAAGGUGCAGAUGGCUAAUAUUAUUUUCUUUUUCCUGUAUACAACCAACUUCUUAAUGAAAAUGUAC